AUGAUUCCCAGGUUGUGUGUCACAGCAUUCACUUUUGCCCAACCCUUUCUAGUCGAGACCACCAUUAGAUUCGUCGGCGAUGAGAACGCCAAGUCAUAUCACGGAAGAGGACUCAUCGGCGCAUGGGCUCUUGUGCAUUUGGGCAUUGCCCUAUCAAGAUCUCUGUACAAAUAUGAAAACUCCAGAUUCAUAGCCAAGCUGAGAGGAGGGUUGAUUGCCCUUGUAUAUCAACGAAGCCUGAAUAUUCGCACCGCCGACGAGGGAGACAUAUCUGCCGUCACCCUAAUGGGCACCGAUAUUGAACGCAUAGCGAGUGCGAUGCAGCUUCUUCACGAAACUUGGGGCUCUCUUGUGGAAAUAGCAAUUGCAUGCUGGCUGCUAGAGCGGCAGCUUUUCCUGGCUUGUCUCGCUCCAAUUGCUCUCGUGUUAGUAUUCAUUGCCAUUACAUCGCAAAUCUCGGUAGCUACCCAAAAUGCACAAGUCGCAUGGAUAGAAAAGGUCCAAGAAAGACUGCGUGCGACCACAUCUCUACUCGGGGAUAUAAAGGCCAUCAAGAUGCUUUCGUUACCGCAAGUUGUAUCAAGGCUGUUGACGAAUCUCCGAACAAACGAAAUCAAGACGUCGAAAUCAUUUAGGAAAUUACUUGUUGCCACAUUAAUGCUCUCCCUCACGCCCUUGAACCUCGCCCCUGCCGCGACAUUUGGCGUCUAUGUCGUCAUAUCCGUCUACUGGACCCACGGAUCUUUAUUGACGACCCAAGCCUUUACCUCCCUUGCUCUGAUAGGUCUGUUGACGGGUCCUGUCAUAGUUUUCAUCCAGUCCUUGCCCCAGGUUCUGCAAUGUGUGGGCAGCUUUGAUCGUAUCCAGCAAUACUGUAACUACGCAGAUGUUGACCUCAAAGAUGAAAACUACUAUGAGCCUGGCCAUGUUGACCUACGCGAUGAAUCCGAAAUUCACCUCCUGGCACCUGAUAGUCCUCCCGAACCCUUUGAUGCUCCGCAUGGCGACACCAUCUCUCUACACAGCCAGGGCUUUAAAUGGAGCAAAAAUAGUCCCACAAUACUCAAAGACCUUGAGCUCGAUAUCAGUCAAGAGGCCAUUACCGCGAUUACUGGCCCAGUAGGAAGCGAAGGUCGACCAAAAGUAUCUCGGCAAUACUGCAAACAUGUAGCAUACUGCUCUCAGCAGCCAUGGCUUGAGAACACAACCAUUCGUAACAAUAUCCUUAGCUCAUCGCCUUACGAGAAGAAAUGGUACGACGAGGUUGUUUCUUCUUGCGGGCUUAAUGCCGAUCUCAGUCGUUUUAAAAGGGGAGAUGAAACGACCAUUGGCAGCAGAGGCCUCAACCUCAGUGGUGGACAGAAGCAUCGCAUAGCCCUAGCUAGAGCCAUCUACUCAAAGAAACCGAUAGUACUUCUCGACGAUGUUUUCAGCAGCAUGGACGCCCAUACUAUUGACGUUGUCUCUUCCCGCUUGCUUGGCCGUGUAGGCCUUCUUCGCAGGCAGCGAGCGACUGUCAUAUUGAGUACUCACCACCGUAAACUUAUGGCGCUUUCGGAUACCAUCAUCAUCCUAAAAGACGGGAAAGUCAUGGCGAAAGAUACCCCGGCCUCCUUGCUUCGGAGCAACGGCUACGUCAACAACCUUGGCAUACAGCUUACGACCAAUGGAGAUGUCACUGAAGCUGCUGAGCCUUCAAAAUUGCCGACAGUAGAGGAAGUUUUCGAUAUUGCCGCGGACGUCGCCAUCAACAUCUCUGAAGAGACGGAUGGUAAGCAUGCUGAUAUUCGGCGUAAAAAGGGCGAGCUCUCCGUGUAUGCAUAUUACCUUGCCAGCUCUGGCUGGUAUUUUGUUGUCUUGUAUGGCGCAGCGGUUACUGGGUGGAUCUUUUGCAUAGAAUUUUCGAAUGUGUGGAUGAAGUGGUGGUCUGCUGCCAAUGAUUCGGAGCCUGACAAGGAUAUCUGGAUGUAUUUCGGAAUUUACGCCCUUCUUGGUAUUCUCGGCACGUUAAGUGGCUGUGUAUGCGCUUGGGCGGCUUUCAUUUACAUCAUCUCGCGGUCAGCUGCUCAACUACACUCAAAUCUUCUGCAAGCAACGCUCAGAUUUAGCAGAGAUAUGGAGCUCAUAGACAUGGAGCUUCCUAGCAACAUGGUCAACUACACCUCCACCAAAGUCGUCAUCAUCGCCAUUUUUACUCGCUAUCUAGGAGUGACAAUCCCUUUCUUCGCCAUCGUUCUCUAUUUCCUCCAGAGUUUCUAUCUGCAAACAUCUCGCCAAAUCCGGUUACUUGCCAUUGAAGCACAUGCGCCUCUAUUUACUCAUUUUAGUGAAUCAAUAGCGGGAGCAGUAACCAUCCGAGCAUUUGGAUGGCAAUCGUACCACCAGGAGCGCAAUUACCGUCUGAUUGAUGCUUCACAGAGACCUGUCUACCUACAGAGUUGCAUCCAGCAUUGGCUUAGUUUUGUGCUUGAGAUGAUGACUACAGUGUUGGUAGUUCUCCUUGUCUCUACAGUCCUCAUCUGGAAAGACAGGUUCGGUCCUGGAAGUGUUGGUGUGAGUCUUGUCACUGUUAUCGGAUUCAGUGAAGUGCUUGUGCGACUUGUUCAAACCUGGACGACUUUGGAGCCAAGCAUCGGUGCAGUAUCAAGAGUCAAACGCUUCGCAGAGGAGACGGAGACUGAGGAGCGGAAAGAAAAAGGAGCAUACGUGCCAGCUACAUGGCCCCAGGCUGGCGCUGUCGAAUUUGCAGGCUGGACAACAUCUUAUGGCACCACGACAGACUCCAAACCAGUGCUAAGCGGCGUUUCAUUGUCGAUCAAAGCUGGGAAACACGUGGCAAUAUGCGGUCGAACCGGCAGCGGCAAAACAUCUCUAAUACUAUCCCUUUUACAGAUGACCGAGAUUGUCGAAGGCAGCAUCUCGAUAGAUGACGUGGAUCUUUCGACUCUCGCCUGCGCAGAAUUACGUUCACGUAUUAACGUCGUAUCUCAAGAUCCCUUCCUGAUGCCAGGCACCAUUCGCUUCAACGUCGAUCCCUUGAAUGGUGCGUCAGACGAAGACAUUACUCGCGCGCUUGACCAAGUACGACUACGGACAAUCAUUGAUGAACAAGGUGGAAUAGACAAGGAAAUUGAUUUAUCGUCCUGGUCUUCAGGGCAGAAGCAACUUCUUUGUUUCGCCCGGGCAAUGUUGAAGAAGAGCAAGAUUCUCAUCUUGGAUGAAGCAAUGAGCAGCGUCGACCACGACACGGAGACCAUCAUGCAGGAAAUCGUCGACACGCAAUUCAAGGAGUGCACAGUCCUCGCGGUGAUGCAUCGCCUGGAGCAUAUUCGCCGCUACGACAAGGCCGCCGUGUUUGGAGACGGCAAGCUGUUGGAAUUUGAUGCCCCCGGGACACUUUUGUCUGAGGACACGAACCUUGCAAGGCUUUAUUCUUUUUAUCAGCGCUGA